UCAGUCGUCAGGUUUUAUCGUCCUCUUCUUCUCGUCAUGACACAUUUCAUCAGGAGCGGCUUCCAUAGAGACAGACACGCCGGGAUGAACGGUGAGUUGAGAGCCGGUCGCACCACGACGGCCAAGAGAGGAAACAGCACCCCCCACAGAUCUGACUAUGAGCUGGAGUAUGACCGAUACCCUGAGGACCCCUGCAACAGGGUGUUUGACUGCCAGCGGGUCCCCUCCUCAGUCCCGGUGGAUCCCAGUCCCGUGAAGCGACGCCGCGCUUCCUCCUCCUCUUCCUACUCCUCUUCCUCAGCAGAUCUGAGGAUGAAGAGCAACAGAUCCUCCUCCUCUUCCUCUCACAGCAAACUGAAGAUGGCGGAGCUUCUGUCCAUAAAGAGAGAGCUGACGGUGAUCAAGGUUCAGAUCGACGGCCUGCUGGACUGUGUGGACCGGAUGGACCGACAGAGGAAGGACUGCUCAGUCAGCAGUCUAGAGAGAGAGAGUCCCGAACCAGGAGAGGCGAGCGAGGAGGAGACGCUGCACUACUGCCCCCCCAGGAUAAAGCAGUUUGAUCUACAGGAUGAUCUGUGAUACUGCAGAUCAUUACAAAUGGAAUCUGAGCUGGGAUCAGUACCAGCUGGGAUGGGAGAUUCCCCAAGGAGGUGUUGACAACAUGAACUGCAUUGGAUUGACUCUCCUCCACCUAAACCUGUGUCUAUCUGCCCGUCACUGUCAGUCUGAUUUCUCUUCUGCUGCACCUUCAGUUCUGGUUUCCAGUCCACAAUGACGACAGAAUCCCCACUGUGUUCCUGGUACAUCACUGACGGUGCUCCAUGCCAGCAUGCUAUUAUAUUGUGUAUUAUUCUGUAGGAAAGAUGAAAUAUUGGCCCCGUUUAUUGCCGUUGCUCCACUGUUGGACUCCUUCCUGAUUAAUGUUAACUGAAUCAGUGUGAGAGCAGCUGGCAGCUCCUUAUUGCACCGUUUAUUUUCAUUAGGUGUGUUAUAAUAAUGAUGUGUGACCAGAUGUGUACAGGAAGCCUUUGUUGUUCUGUGAGCACAGGUUUAUGACUCUGUGGGUGAAUUAUGGUAAAUCAGUGUUAAGUGAUUGACAGACUGACAAUAUCCUGAAAUGAAGAUUAACUCCUUAUUAGAACUGCAAGUAGUGCCUAUAAAAACAGGGCUAUCGUUUGGUUCAGGCCAGCUAACAGCUCAGUAGCUAAAAGAGUUUCUAUAUGAGCUCACUGUUGGUUUAGGUUAGCUAAUAGCUCAGUAGCUAAAGGAGUAUGAUACAUGUGAGCUAGCAAUUGGUGGGGUUUAGCGGGGUGCACCCUCUAUUCCGACAUACCCCUAUUACGACACAAUUUUAGUACCGCCAUUCCGACAGUCUACCCAGGAGCUGCAGACUGGAGCUGAUGGGAUGACGACGGAGAGACUUGGAGGAGCGGUGGCGGUGGAUUCGGGAGGGCUACUCCGAGAGGAUGGAAAUGCCGCCACUCCGACAAUUAAACGUCAAUGUCGGAGUGGAGGUAUGUCGGAAUAGCAGCAUGUAACCGGGUUUAGCAAAGUACACUGAUUUCUUGAUGUUAGCUUAGGAGUUUUGCUAAAAAAGGGCCUGUUAAAGGUGGAGUGUGUUUGGUUGAAGUUUCUGGUCCUGGCUUAAUACAUCCAAAAUGCAACGGUGAGCUCAGAGUUUGGCGGGUAAAGCAGUUUGCGUAAUUGAAGCUAACGGAACCGCUCACAGUUUAACACAGAACAUUGUGGGGUUAAGCUUCCUAAGAGAUCCCAUUGGCAGGUUUUUUGGUUUAGUUUAGCAGCUCCAACAACUAAUGUAGUCAUCUUUUAAUCAAUAAACUCCAAGAAGAGGUCAGAAUGGAAGAAUUUGUCAUCAGCUGACUGAACAGAGUCUAAAAGGGUCGUUUUUCCUAGGUAACACUGAUCCAUUCACAGCAUUAAACCCAUGUGUUAACUGUGUUAUUUACACGUGUAGGUCUAUUCAAUGCUCAACACGUGGUAUAGUAAAUCAUAUAUACAAAGGGAUGCUGUUUGGUGUUCCAGAUUAAGUCAUAUUUGAUCAACACUGGUUUUAUGGAGAGCAAACCCACUGAGCUGUUAUCAAAGCAAAGGCAUAAAGACUUUUUCCUCCUGCACUUUUACCCAGCUGGACAACUCGGACAGCUGAGACUGUAAAUAUGUUUGAAGCGUUGUGUAAAAAGAGUCUCUUGGAAAUGAUGUGCGUGUGUCUUUAUACUAACUUAUACUUGUUUUGUGUUUGUCCUCAGUGCUAAAUGUUAUUUCAAUGUGAUUGUAGUAAAGGUAUUUUUCAUCAAAUGUGUGUUUGG